AAUAUUAAAUUUAACCAUUCGUAGAUAAUACAUAUCGAAGUACAUAGAUACAGAUACUGUGAUUUUUUCAAAAGCACUUUCAUCUGUCAACGUACACGAUUAAAUAUCAGCCCAUUAUUGUUCUGUAAACCAUACGCGAUUUACCAAACUAUUAUUGUGAAAAUUAUCGCGACACAAUGAGAAAUUUAAUAAUUGUUAUAUUCACGUUAUAUUUAGCCUAUUCCUUGGGUUUGGAAAUUCCAUACAGAAACAACUCCCUUGUGAUAAUUGAUCGACUUAAAACGCCGACAAACUUUACUAUACCUUGUUCUGAUGCAGAUGAAGUAGAAUGGAUUGUUGAAACCACCCCUUAUGCCAAACAUUUCAUUCAAGUGGAGGCGCCAAAUAAAACUAAUAUCGUGAUAGAAGAACCUAACCAAGAUGAUGGCGGUGUUUAUAAAUGUGUAUCCAAAAAGAAUCCUAAUUUGUUUAUGAAGAUUGUCGUUCACGUUAUGAUGUAAGACUCAUCAAUCAUCUAACAUUCAUUGUGACCUAAGUAUUUCAAUCGAGUGGUGGAAUAUGACCUACAUUCAUUACUCGUCAAAGUUCAAGAUAUCCGAACUCUUUGAUCAUGCUUUAUAUUAUUUUCAAUAGGCGAAAUUGACGUACCAUACGUAUCUAUAACCCAAUCGCUUGCAUUUGCCUCAAGUACUACGUACGUGUACUUAAAUUUGACUUGCAUUGCAAAAAAGAUGAAAUACUUAAUAAUUUGCAUAAUGUAUCUACCGUGAUAUCCUAUUGCUAAAUAUAUUAUUUUUUAUUUAUUUA